CUGCGUGUAUACAUAAUCUAUGUAAACAUACCUAUCUAUAUAUAUGUUAAUGUGUAUUUUAAAUCAGGUAAUGUGGGAUUGUUCAAGGUUGGAGGUCAGAGUUCGUUGUACUAAUUUAGUGGGAUUUUCCCAAUGUAUUUCACAACGGUCUCUCUCUGACAACAUUCAAAAAUAUAAUUUUCAUUCAUGAAAAGAAUCAGUGAGUCACCAGCAGUAGCUUUAUUUGCUGCAAAUUUUAAGUAGCUUUGGAAAAUAUUUAAAUGCAAACUUUAAAAAUCACAAUUGUUUUCUAGCUCAUCUUGGAUUCUGGAUAACAAAUGCAAAACAUCUUAUUCAAUAGAAAUUAUUACGGGAUAUUUGCUAACUGAAAAUGAGUAGAAAUGCUGUUAUGUUUCGUCAGAACAGUAAAGUGGAGAAAAUUCCAGACGAUGAAAGCGAGGAGCUUUUGGCGAAGAAAACAGAAGAUGACCAAAGUGACCAAACAGAGGAGGCUUCACUGAAGACCUCUCAUCCGAAAUGUACUUCAAACAAUUUUGUGCGAGCGCUCAGUCGGACAAGCGAAAAAGACGAAAAUACAACAGAACUUACAUUAAAUGGCAACUUGCAUAUUAUUAUGCCAAAUACAGACGAAACUUGUGGGGGAGCAAUAAAAUUACGAAAAGAUAACUGUUGUGACACCGAAAUUGACAUUGAACCUGAUGAAAAGCUUAAACGUAGGAAACAAAAAGGAUGGAGCAGCUUUCUUAGAUUAAAUUGCUCAAAACAAUCAAUUUUGAAUAUAGUAUAUGGAAUACUUAUUACAUCAGCAUUAAUUAUUGGGAUCAAAGCUUUAAUCAAAUACUCUGACGAUGAACAUGAUCGUUACUUCUACUGCUACCCUUGCCAAAAUAUGAACAGUCAUAUGAAAUAUACUAAAAGAGGUGAAAAUAUGUGUUGUACAGAUAAUCCGAUGGAAGAAACUGCAUUGCCAAAGAGCAGUUCUGUUAUAUCACGUGACAAAACAGUUGUUGAUACAUCAUCAUACAAUGGUACUAGGAUACUUGAGUUCCAGGCUAAUUUUGACACACAGUGGGAGAGAAUUGGCAAAAAAGAUAUCAUUCCUUGGACUUCAGUCACCAAUAUGGACAACAGUUUUGCAACUUUCAUUAAAGGAAGAAGCGAAUUGAAACUAGUGCAUGACGGUAAUUACGUCAUAACGUUGUCUCUGACUACAGAUACUUUUAGUAGCAAAUCUGAAGACGUUCGAGCAAUGGCAUGCCUUGUUUUUCACCCACCAUUAGGAGAAAACCCAAGAGAGGAAUGUAGACAAAUCACACAUGCUGAUAAGAUGGUUGUACCUUUCCAGAUUUUUAAGUUCGAUCAUCUCAGAAGAGGGACAAUACUACAUGCAUUUAUUUUAUCAUCAAAUGGCGGAUUCAAAACACAAUCAACACAAAACAAACUGUACUUAGUGCUGUUGUAAAGAUUAUACAAAGAGGGAUAACUCUGACUAAUACAAAAACUGUGAUAUAUACAUAUGUGUUUUAUAUGGGUUUUGUAAAACACUAUUAUUAUGAAUGAAGGAAUGAAUGAAAGUGGUGGUAUGACAUUAGUAAAUUAUAAUUAUGGAUGAAUGAUUUAUGAAUGUUUUAAAAAAAAGUUACCUCAAGAGUUAACAGUUCCCAUUUAUGGUUAUAUAUGUCAAUGUUUUGUUUAUCGUGUAAACUUAAACAAUUUAUUUUGUUUAUGUAAAAUAAAUGUAUAAUUUGAUGUAAAUAUGUAUAUAAAUGUAAAUACAAAUAUUAUAUUUUUUAAUUGAUAAAAAAUGUACUG